CAUUUCAACACCGAUCCCUGAUUUCUGCCCAUCUAUUGUCAUGGUAAGAAAAAGUACUCGCAUAUCUGCCAACACAGCUGGUACGUCUCCAGCCCGUGCGUCCACUACUACUGUGACCACCAAAUCACCACUUGAAUCUGCUGCUAAACGCCAAAAAACAGCCAAGGGUAAAAAAGAAGUUGCAAUUGCUGCUCCAGAAUCACCCAUCAAUGAUGAUGCUGAUUUAGAUAGUAAUCAUCAACCAUCCCCAGUUAAAACCCCAAAAUCAAAACGCACAGCUUGCGAUUCCAUUACUAGCAUGACUAAAAAAUCUGCUACAAAGAAAAAGACUGUUCUCGAGGUAGAUGAAAUGGCUGCUUCUAUCCAAGAUACCGAUUCUGCUACAGGAAUGGAUGACGUAGUGCUUGAAAACAAUGAAACAUUGCAAGCUGAUAUCAGUAAAGAAACUGCAGUCGAUUCUAGUUGCACUGUUGAAGAUUCAAUGGAUGGUGUCGAAAAUGCCACGCCAAUCUGUGAAUCUACCAAUACAGCAGCCACGAAGCAAUCCAUUGAAGAUAAGGAACCUGCAGUUGAUCAUUCAGCUGAACCUAUGGAGGAGGAAAGCACUGUCACUCAACCCAUUGCUAUUUCCAGCGUCGAAACUACAGAGCCAUCUCCUGCUAAACCAAUUCGUCAAGAUGAUCGAGAUAAUAGCUUUUCUGCUUACCGUCUUAUUCUUGGAAAUUUAGUCAUAUUCACUACCCCAAAAGACAUCAAGAAAUUGCUUACUCAAAACGAAAUCUCGUAUCGUAACGUAAAAAAAGGUCCCAAAUGGGAGUAUGCUAUUAUUGCAUUUGAUACCGAAGACCAUAUGGAGGCAUGCAGAAAAAAGAUGCAAGGCAUGCUGUACAAGAAACGUGUUAUUGAAGUAUCCAAUGCUAAUGCUCCUCGUACCAAUAAGCCUAUGCGUCGUGGCGAUGAAAUCACUGAUGACGAUCAACGCACCCCUGAUGAGCGACUUUUUGAUCAGGUCACUCCACUGUGGCGACUUCCCUACGAACAGCAGCUCGUUCAAAAACAGAAAACCAUGACCAACAUAUUGAAUAAAUACACAAAAGAAAUGAUUAAUGUGAGCCAGCCCUCUAGCCCGCAUAGCAAAGCCACUCGCGAGUUACUGCUGCAAAAAGCCGAGAUGUCCUGGGUGCGCAAGGCUAAGGCAGCAUACAAUCGUGGACUUUUGUUUCAAUUGAACGAUAUUCACCCAUCUCCUGUAACUGAAGGAUACCGAACCAAAUGCGAAUUUUCAUUUGGAAAGGAUCCAAAUGGUGAGAUUGCUGUUGGGUUUCUCCUUGGUGGGUUCAAAGAUGGCACCACUUCUAUUAUGGGACCCAACAAAUGUGUUCAUGUUAGUGAUACCGCCAAAAAGAUUUCUACUAUUCUUGAGGGACUGGCUGAAACGUCUAAACUGCCAGUGUAUGAUCGUGAAACCAAGAGUGGAUAUUGGCGUUUGGCUCAGGUUCGUACUCCAUCUACUGGUAAAAACAUGGUUUUUCUUCAAGUUGCGCUGUAUGACGAAGCCACAGAUGCCGAAACUUCGGCUCUAGCCAAGGCUGAAAAAUCUCGUAUUCUUCCCUACAUCAACGAGCAGGCAGAAAAGCUUGGGAUCAGCAUUGAAAACGUUUUAUAUCAAGAAUCCUCUGCUUUGUUUUGUGGAUUCAAGCCAAGUGACUCGUUUGAAAUUCUCCAAGGAUCCAGUACUGUGACUGAAAAGCUGUUUGACUAUACUUUCAAAAUUUCAUCCGAUUCAUUUUUCCAAAUCAACACUCCUGCCACUGAAGUCUUGUAUUCGAUUGUUAAAGAUCUUUGCCUGUCUAGUCCUGUUCUUCGCGAUUUUGAUCAAAUAGAACAAACGCAGGACUCUGCUACAGUAGACUCGACUACCAAAGUAGAGCAAAAUACUGAGGAGUCUGAAAGUGUUAGUGUUACAGAGUCUGAAAUACCAAAAACAAAGGAUGUCACGCCAUUAGCCUCAUCCAGUCCGAUUGAUGGUAGCAACACGGUUCUUUUGGAUCUUUGCUGCGGUACUGGCACAAUUGGCAUUACUUUGGCCAGCCAUUUUAAAAAAGUGGUUGGUGUUGAACUUGUUCAGGAAGCAAUUGACAAUGCGAUUGUAAAUGCACAAGAUAAUGGGGUAACCAAUGCAGUGUAUCUGUGCGGUAAAGUAGAAGAAAAAAUUGGAGAAGUAUUCCGUAACCAUGUUGGUCCCGAAGAUCAAGUUGUAGCCGUGUUAGAUCCUGCUCGUGUUGGAGUGAAUGGAACUGUCAUUGCAGCCAUUCGAGCGUGUCGCCAUCUUAAACAUGUAGUGUACAUCUCAUGCGAUGCCAAGCAAGCGUGUAGCAACUUUGUGGAAUUGUGUCGUCCAACAUCGAAGCGCUACCAAGGCACUCCAUUCCGACCUGUUCAAGGCACAACUGUGGAUUUAUUUCCACACACCAUGCCAUGCGAGUUGGUCGUAUCCUUUGCUCGCGAAUAAUCGUCGACUUGAUGCAAGCAUAUUGUUGAAAAGUGUGUCAACUAUCCAUUCAGAGUGUUGUGAAUAGAUUGUUGCAAACUGCAGUAAUAAUGUUGAGCAAUAAAAAGCGAGUUUCAUUAC